CCUGCCAUUUUGGUCGCGCGCGGCGUGCGCGCGCGGAGGGCAGCCGAGGCGGUCGACGCAAACGGAACGGCCGUUCCUCCGAAUUUGUUGAGACAGCCGCGCCAGCGCCAGGGACAAAAGCGGGCAGCCCCACUGAGCACGAUGCCCCGCCGCGACGACGAGGAGGAGAACGAGACGCGAGCGAAGCGCAAGGUCCACCCCGGCUUGAUCGAGGCGGACAACGAGGAGGUGGCCAUCGUGGUGCAUUUCGAAACUUCCGAGCCACCGUCGAAGCUCCGGACGCCGCACGUGCGCCGGUUGCGACUGAAGACGCUCGAUGAACGGUCAGAUCCGGAAAAGAUCGCCGACGACGUCAUGCGCAAGUGCAAAUACAUUCCUUCGUCCAAGCGAAGAGUCGUGGAAAUGCUCGUGGCCAAUCUGCAAGACCACCUCGCGAGGAAUGAUGAUGCGAGGCAGAACGCCCAGGAUGCGAGGGAGCGACGGCGACGGAAGGAGACGAACACGAGCGAGCGGGCGUCGAUCGACGACGUCGAUGACUAUGUGGAGUUACUUUACGAGGGUGAUAUCGACACGAAGAUCAAAGGGACUUCUCUGGUACUGUCUCUUUGUGGCCGAGUCGGUGAUUUGGAACAUCUCGUACAGCAUCAAACGUUGAUGGGCGCUCUCGCUCGAGUCCUGCAGGAAGACGGUAAGAAGUCGACGGAGGUCGCGUACAACGUCCUCCGCGUGUUUCUCUCGUUUUCUAAUUUUGUCGAGAUGCACCAGUUACUUGCCCAACAUAGAGUUGGAAGCGUCUGUCUCGAGGUCGUCGCGUUCGAGACGGACCGCAUCACACAUCACUCAAAAGAAAGUGAGAAGAGGGAGCUGGAGCGAGCGAGACACAACGAGAUGAAGGAAUCAUCAGAUAAGGAUGAAAGGCGCGCUAGACGCGCGCGACAAAGAUCGGAUAAGGCGUUGUAUGUGGCUCUCCACGUGUUGCUGAAUUUGGGCGAGGAUAGCGGUGUCGAGCACAAGAUGGUCCGGCGACGAUUAGUUCAUCAUUUAGCUUCUAUCUUAACGCACGCGACGUCCGCACCUUUGUUAGUGCUGACAGCUGUAUUCUUAACGCGACUCGCAAGAUACGCGGAAAAUAAGGACACGAUGGUCAAGCUCGACGUCUCUGGUAGAGGUGCGAGAUUCCUAGGCUGCGGGCAUCGGGAUUUAGUUGUGUCGUUACUACGGUUGUCGGCGAACUUGAGCUUCGACAAGGACGCGCGCGAGCAGAUGGUCUCGCGGUCCUACGUUCCGACGCUGGUCAAAUUACUCAAGGAACAUCAUAGAUACCGGGGGCCCUCUCUGAAAGUACUGUACCAUUUGUCAGCGGACGACCGGUGUCGGGGGAUGUUCGCGUACGCGGGAGCGGUUCCCAUUAUUUUGCAGCUGGUCCUGAAGUUCCCCCCAGAUAGGUGUGUGGCUCGGGAAUUAGCUGCUUUGAUUUGCAAUUUGACCUUGCACGCGUCCUGUGCGGAGAUCCUUUGCAGUCAACAACGAGGCUUGACCGCAUUAAUUGAUCGGAUCUCGUCGACGCAAGACGCGCCACUCGCGAAAACUUUGAGGAAUUUGACGCAGUGGUCUCUCAUAGAACAAGAGAACAAUAACCUAGAUGUCUCGCAAUACAAGCGGCGAGGUCUGUGGGCGCGGCACGUCGACAACAUCGUGUCGUUAGCGAAAAAAGCCGAUGAUCGGCACGAUUUACUAGUGGAAGCCUUGGGCGCCCUAGGUAAUCUGACGCAAUACGACUUGCCGCGAGCUACGACCUGGAAGGAUUUGGUCGACGACCACGACCUGUGCGGCUUCUUAGCUCGACUGUUAACGCCGGGCUUCGCGAGGCACGACGUCGUGCUGGAGGUGGUCAAUGUUGUAUCAGCAAUGGCCGCCGACGAAGGGGCUGGUAGUGUCGUAGCGUCGUCCGGUCUAGCUAGGGCAUUGGAAGAGGUCUGGCGGGACAAAGCGGACGACGCCGAGGUCGUUCUGCAAUUGCUCGUCGCCUACGGGAAGCUCUUCGCCUUCAAGAGCGUGCACGACGAGUUGCUCUACAAUUCUAGGGUGUUACUAGAUGUGAUGGACUGCCUGGAAAAUGAGAAUCCCGUCAUUGCUCACAGAGCGGACGCUUGUCUAGACUUGGUCUGCGAGCACGACCGGCAGGCUGAUGGAGACUUCGGUGAUUUGGGUAGUCAAGUGCGCAAGAGGCGCUUCCAGUCGUUCAACAAGGCGUACCUCCAGAAGACGGAAUUGUCGACAGGGGUCUAUGGGAGGCGGAACUACCCGUCGCCCUCCAAUAGCGAUGGCGAGUCGGAGUCGGCAUCGCCGACGCCCUAUAAACGAGGCGAGGCCAAGUACUCGGACUCGGACUCGCAGGAGGAGAAGUACGACGACUCGGGCGAGGGCAAAGGAUGGGACUAGACGCGAUGGCGUAAGUUAAAUACAACAUAUACGUUAAAUAGCCGCGGCCGUGUAUGUGGUGGCCGCGUCGGCGCCGUCCGGGGCGCCGC